AUGGCGUGCCCCAUGCGGUUCGUGCUGGUUGCUGUGUCAUUGUUUGUGGCCUGGUUUGCGUGGUGGCGGUGUCAGACGCAGGACGAUGGCGAGGAGGGGCGGCUGGAGCAGCAGCAGCAGCAGGAGUGGGGCGAGCGGCAUCAGCAGCAGCGUAACCUGCAUGGCAGCAAGCCGCGGCUGCAGGACAGCCUCGCCAAGCAGUCAGCAGAGCCGUGGAGCAGCAGGUUGUUGGCAGUCGCAAGCACGUUUCUUGAUAUGUUCAGCGGCAG